AGAAAGAGAAAGGAACUCUCAGAAUACUCUGACAACCAAAAUGGGAAAAUCUGAUGUACAUUUAGAUUCACAAACAGGAUUGAAAGCUGUGGUUGAAGAUACUAUGCCAGAAUUAUAUAUAUUUCCAACGGUGAAGAUAGAGAAAAAGCAGAUCACUAACGAAGAAUAUGACUUUUCCUGGCCUGAUGAAUUCAUGAAAAGAGUUAAAGCUAAGAAAGUGUCAUCACAAUCACCAAGAACUACAACAGAUAUGUCUAGAAAGAACCAUUAUACUGAAGAAGUCGACUUCUCCUGGCCAGAUGAAUUCGAAAAAAGAGUCACAGCUGAAGCACGAAUAUUGACAAAAAGUCCAACAGACAGUCCCAAGAAAAAUCAUUACACUGAAGAAGUACCCUUUUCCUGGCCAGAUGAGUUUGGGAAAAGGAUAACAGCUAGGAAAAUGUCAUCACAAUCUACUAAAACUGUAACAGAUGAUACUAAUAGGAAUCAUUAUACUGAGAAAGUAGCAUUAUCGCAUGAAUUUAUGAAUAGGAAAGAAGAUAAGAAAAAAUCAACACCAUCGACUGAAACUAUAACAGACAAGACUAAUGAAUUUGUGAAAAGGAGAAAAGAUAAGAAGACGUCAACACACUCGACUGAAACUAUAACAGAUAAUACUAAAAUGAAUCAUUAUACUGAGGCUGUCGCAUUUUCUUGGCCAGAUGAAUUCGGGAAAAGAAUAACAGCUAACACAAAAAAAGUAUCAAAAAGUCUUACAGAAAAAAUCAACAAAAUCGACUGA